AUGAUUGGCAUCACCAUACAUGAAGUGAAAAAAGAAAUCAGCAAACAGCAGUUUGAACAACUUAUGCCCACCAAGUACUGUAGGUCAAGCGAGAAGGUAUGUCCUGCAGGUCCCCCCGGGUGACCUGGUCCCAUUGGAGCGAGGAGACCACGUGGCAGGAGGGGACCAAAAGGAAAGAAAGGUCCUCAAGGUCCCAUAGGACCUCCUGGAAAAUCCGGAAAAACAGGAAUGACGGGUCCCGCAGGACCGAUAGGAGAAAAGGGAAAUAAAGGAAAGCCUGGGCCAAAAGGCAUGCCGGGACCACCUGGAAGGCCUGGAAAAUCGAUAUCUGCCCCACAAGUGAUGUUGUCGCCGAAUAAACAGACUCGAGAUGAAGGUGGAAAUACGGCGUUUUAUUGCACGGUCGUAGGAAAUCCUUCCCCAGUCGUGGAAUGGCAAUUUAUGGGCAAAAAACUUCUGUCAGAUGCAAAGUAUUUGAUUAGAGAAGGAGAGUUGAUCGUUAGAAAUCUGACUUACAGCGAUGCUGGACCGUACACAUGUGCAGCCAGAAACAUUCUUGGAUCGUCUGAGGCCACAAGUAACUUAUCUGUUCCAAGAACAGAGAAGUAUUUUACUUUUGAGGUCUGUUAAAUAAGGCCGUUUAAUUUUGUUUGAUAUGUCAUUAUAUGUUUCAUGUCCUCGCAAGGUAAGGUUGCGAGAAUUGACCAUCACUUUUUUAAACAUUCAAGGAAACCUGUAAGAUGUAAAGACAUAGAGCACCAUCUUCAAUCAAUCAAUCAAACAAUAACUUUUGUUAUUAACGUGUCAUAGCUUUUAGCGCAACACAAGUGGUGAACUAAUCGGGGACACUCCCCGUGACAUAUUACCUUAGAGUGAGGUAAUUGAGCUAGCCUGAUGUCUCACUGAUGAAACACCGUGUAAAAUGCCUGGGACGAUUGGUGACCUUUUCACACGCUUUUAAUACACCUAUUUGCUUGUAGUCGUAUCUUCAAAUUCUAAAAAAAGACACUGAAAUAUUUACUAACCAAUCAUUUGAAUUGAUUUCUCCUUUCCUUUUCCUUUCUGUUAUACAGAUAAAAGUUUCCCGAAAAAGAAAAGAUCUAUGGGUCGUCAUCUUUCUCAGUUGCAAUCGUUUGGACCAUUAGGGCUUUAUAGUAUAAACCAGAUAAUUUUUCUUUUCAGGUCUUCCAAUCUUCACAAAAGUUCCACCUGCACUUGCCACACCAGUACAAGGCACUACGUUUCAAGUAACCUGUCAAGCAGAAGGCUAUCCUCGUCCUGUAGUAACCUGGAUUCGAGCGGUGCUACCUUUUCCUGCCGGUAGGACUGAGGUAAACAGGGGUACAUUAACCAUUAAGAACCUAAACCCGGCUGACAACGGUUUGUACGAAUGUAUGGCAACAAACAGCAUUGGAACGUAG